UGUGUUCCUGCAGAAGUGUAUAUUGUUUAUGCAUGGGUGUAACUUAUAUGUUUGCGUGCGUGCAUGUGUGUGUGCACUGGUGUAUAUGUCUGGUUGUGUGUGUGUGUGUCAGAUUGUUUGUGUGCAUGUGUUUCUGUUUAUAUAUGUGUGAGCAUGUAAAAAUAUAUCCAAAUGUUUUGUAAACAAUUUUCUCUUUGCAUUUUGGUAACACAGACAAUCAAAUGAAACGGAUGAAGACUGGGAGCCAAGCAGCAAAAAGCCAUAUACCAACAGGCAAGAUGACAGCACCUCAUCGGAAGAUAAGCCCCAAACCUCACCUACCCAGAGAGAUUCUGCCAGCAAAAGACCAAGAGGCAAAGGACGGGCUAGAGGAAGAGGGAGAACUGCCAGCACCAGUGGUCAAGAUGAGAUGUCAAUCCCCACAUCUGAAGAGAGAUGGAAUGAUGUUGAUGUUCCAGACGUGACACCACCACAACCCACCUAAAGACCCACCAAAUCACCAGGCCCCCAGCUCAUACGUACAGCUAACUACACAGCUUUACAGCUUUUUCAACUUUUUUUUACAAACUCUGUGUUACUGACAAUAAUUAAAAACACCAAUGACUUUGGCUCAACUCAUCACUCAAAUCCCUCCAACCCAUGGAUUGACGUAACAGUGCAGGAUAUGCUGGCAUUCAUGGCCAUGGUAAUUUAUAUGGGUCUAAUAAAACUCCCGUCCAUAACUGAUUACUGGAGAGAAAGUCAUCUGUACAGCUUGCCGUUCCCUAAAACGCUUCUUACCGGAAAGAAGUUUCUCAGGAUCUGCCACUCCCUUCACCUCAGUAGCUUGGUGGAUGAUGCUGCUAACGAGCAGAGAAGAGGUACCUCAGAAUUUGAUCGUCUUUGCAAAAUCAAGCCACUAUACAGUGAGAUUAGGGAUGCAUGCAAAAUAAACUAUCACCCUGGCCAGGAAAUUUCAAUUGAUGAGCGGAUGGUUGCCUCUAAAGCGCGUAUCGGGAUUAAACAGUUCAUGAAAAAUAAGCCUUGUCGCUGGGGUUAUAAACUUUUCGUACUGGCGGACUCGAGCAAUGGGUACACAUGGGACUUUUUUGUGUAUGAAGGAAAGCUGCAGGGAAACAGUGGGAAAGGACUCAGUUAUGAGUCAGUAAUGGAGCUUGUUGACACACAGUUGCUUGGCACGGGUUACAAGCUCUUUGUUGACAAUUUUUAUACAAGUCCCUCCCUUUUCUGUGAUCUCCUUCAAAAGAGGAUCUGGGCAUGCGGAACGAUACGCACAAACAGAAUUGGUUUUCCAAAAACCAAAAUAAACACUCUGGUUUCGAAAUCUUUGCGUGGGAGCAUACGGUGGAUCAGAAAGGAUCCCUCCUCUUUGUGCAAUGGCGAGACACAAGGGAUGUUUUUAUGUGCACACAACACUCCACACAGCCCAUGGGGGGGACACUGUUCAGAGAAGAGUGAAAGAUGCAGAUGGGCACUGGGUUUUGAAGAACAUCUCUGUUCCACCAGCAGUGAAGGAGUACAACCGGUUCAUGGGUGGAGUGGAUCUUUCAGAUUCGCUGAUCAAUUAUUAAAAGUCAUCCACAAGACCCAGAGGGUGGAUAAUACAUUGUUUUAUCACUUUAUGGACAUUGCUAUUGUGAAUGGUUCUUGCUUUACAAGGAUCUUACCAAAGGUAAAGGAGAGUACCCAUGCACCAAAAGGCAUUCAGAGAGAACUUGUUGAGGAGCUGGCAGCAGCAGCAAAAAUUCCUGCCCAUCUCCACUCCACGCAGCAAACAUCACAAGCCUGUGCAUAUCACUGCACAUAG